GGAAUGCUCCAACCUAAUGUACACAUACCAAGAAAAGAGUGAAGAGCUCCUCAAUCCAGUUGUUCAUCAACAGCCAUAUUCUGCUCAUCAACUGCCAUUUUCACCACCACAGCAGCAGUUCUAUGCCUUUUCGCGGCCUUCUCCUUGUACUGGAUCGACUAGCGCACUUUGGCAGCCUCCGCCUCCGCAGUGGCCUACAACGGUCCAACGGAAUAUGUCUGUUUGGGGAUCGCAGAGUCCGGCUUGGGUUCAGACACAGAUGACUGAGCUACAGCCGACAACAGUAGUGACCCAAGGGCUAUCUAACAUAGCCACUACCAGCACCCCAAUUCAAUCUGGAGAACAGUCAGUAAACUUAACUAGCCUGGUCAAUAGCAGUUUGGAAAUGUGUAACUCCCCUCUUAACAGAGUUUCCGGACCAUAUGGUGAGUGUCGGGAUGGGGAAGGACAGUAAACAAUUGAGGGUUUUUCGAUACACAAGAAAAUAUGAACUGUAACUGACUUCUUAUUUCCUCUUUAACUGAUACUCAAGAAACACAGGAAGUGUGAAAUAUGUUCUUAUUUUGUUUGUUUGAAUUUUUUUAUCUGAACCGUUUUACAAUGUACAUGUAUACAGAUGGGAGUGGUGAACUUUAUUUUCUACAUUUAUAGGUAAAUAAAUGAUUUCAACAUAGUUUUUUUACUUUGCUUAUUCUAAUGAAAAGUGGGUAAUCAUGAAAUUUCAUAAAAUGCAAAUAAAACAAUAGGAAAUUGAUGAACAUUCAUAAAAAUCAUAUUUAAGUAAAUCGAUUCAUAAACACACAUAAAAAAUUAAACUUCUGUCCUAUUCUCUAAUGUUAUCUUGGUAGAAUUCAAAU